ACCCGUUUCUCCACUUGCAACCUGAACAGGUUGAGGCCAUUGGCACGUAGAUCUCAACCACAUAUGAUGCAGAAUGCAGCCUAGAAUUGUUAUAUAAGAAAAGCAACUCCAAGACAGAAGCCUCAUCUCAUCUCAUCUCUCGUAUUGCUGCUCCUUGUCUCUCCACCAAAGAAAAAGAAAAAAGAAAACCAAAGGUCUUUCUUUAGCCAAGAAAAAAACACUGGGUUGAGUUCUGAAAAACACAAAGGGUAGCUGAAGAGAAAUUAAGAAACAAUGGCUGAAAUUGUUGUAAACUAUGCACUCGACAAGCUUGCAGCCUUGUUGACGGAAGAGGUGCAACUACACAGGGGGGUCAAGGAAGAAGCUCAGACGAUAGCAGAGGAACUGGAACGCAUCGAGGUCUACCUGAGAGCUGCUGAUGAAAUUAUAGACAGGAGUCCUGAAGUGAAAGUAUCGGUUAACCUAUUGAGGGAGGUGGCUUAUGAUAUUGAAGAUGCUCUUGAUGAGUAUAAUCUUCGAGUCGCCAGACCUCCUGGAGACGAUUUACUGGCUUCCCUUCGUAAUAUUACUUCUUCCAUAAGAAGAAUAAGAGCUGUUCAUCAGAUUGCUUCUGAAAUACAUAGACUCAAAUUCAGAGUUCUAAGCAUUGCCGAGGGGUACAACAGAUUCCGGCCUGAAAAUCCGACGGCUGAUUUCAAGACUGCUCCUGAGAUAUGGCAUGGCCGCCGACAGGACGCCCUCCUGUUGGAAGAAGCCGAUCUAGUGGGCAUAGAAAUUCCUAAAAAGGAGUUGAUCAGCUGGCUACUCCAAGGUGAUACUGAACGUGACGUAGUUUCGGUAGUUGGAAUGGGAGGGUUGGGGAAAACCACCCUGGUGAAGAAAGUCUAUGAUGAUGCAGAAGUAAAGCUACAAUUCAAGUACCGUGCUUGGAUAACUGUAUCGAGAUCUUUUAAUCUGGAAGAGCUCCUAAAAGGCCUCGUUCGGCAACUCUACAAGGUGAAAAGGAAACCAGUUCCUCAAGAAGUGGAAGGCAUGGACGAGGGUCAGCUAAGAACGAAAAUCAAUAGCUUUUUGCAACAAAAGAAGUAUCUGAUUGUGUUAGAUGAUGUGUGGCGUAUUGGAGAUUGGGAUGCAGUUAAAUUUGCAUUUCCAAAAAACAGUGGCAGUCGGGUUAUGCUCACAACACGUCAUGCUGAAGUAGCCUCUUCCUCUUGCAUGGAAUUCAAUGGCAACGUGACCAAGGUCUAUCGUUUGAACCCUUUGUCUCCUGAAGAAUCCUGGACUCUAUUUUGCAGGAAGACUUUUGAGAAAAACACAUGCGCUCCGGAUUCGAAUUGGAAGACUCUGGCAGGUAGUAUCCUUGAAAGGUGCGAAGGAUUGCCACUUGCAAUUGUGGCAAUCAGUGGUGUUUUGGCCACAAAGAGUAUAGACGAAUGGGAUAUGAUUCAACGAGGUCUGGCUGAUGGGCUAGAAGAAAAUGAUAGACUCGAUAGUAUUGAGAAAAUAUUGUCUCUCAGUUACUAUGAUCUGCCUUACUAUCUCAAGUCUUGUUUUCUGUAUUUGAGCAUCUUUCCUUACAAUCAUCCCAUUGACAAAAUGAGACUAAUUCGAUUAUGGAUAGCUGAAGGAUUUGUGAAAGUGAAAGAAGGAAUGACAUUGGAAGAAGUUGCAGAGGCUUAUUACUUCGACGAGCUCUUGAACAGAAGCCUGAUCCAAGUGGCAGGGACAACAGGUGAAGGGAGGAUCAAAACAUGCCGCAUCCACGACCGGCUUCGAGAGAUAAUCAUUCGGAAGUCAAAAGAAGAAAACUUUCUGACAAUAGUUCGAGAAAACAUGAUGUUGCCAGAAAAAGUUCGUCGCUUAUCAAUACAGAAAAGCAUGCAGGAUGUACAUGACAGGCAGAGAAUGCCUAGAGUUCGUUCCUUGCUGAUGUUUCGGAGGGUAGAUUCACUAUCCAAUUCUUUAUCCAAUUCUUAUAAUCCGAUUCUGCAUCUUCUUGAUCUGAGGCUACUUAAGGUGUUAGAUUUGGAAGAUGCACCUCUAGAGAUAUUCCCAAAUGAGAUAUUCAAGCUGUUCCAUCUGAAAUAUCUAAGCUUGAGGAGCACAAAGAUAAAAAUCAUCCCUAGCUCAAUUGGGAAUCUUCAGAACCUGGAGACAUUGGAUCUUAAAAACACAUGCGUCACUGCAUUGCCUGCUGAGAUCUCGCGGCUUCAGAAACUUCGCCACCUAUUGGUGUAUCGGUAUGAAGUACAAUCUUAUGCGCACAUAGAUUCCAAGUAUGGUUUCAAGGCCACGGCACAUAUAACAUGUCUCCGGUCCUUACAAAAGCUCUGCUUCAUAGAGGCAGAUCAUGGUGGUAAUGAUCUAAUGAAGGAGCUAGGAUGUCUGAAUCAACUGCGCAGGCUAGGCAUCGUAAAGGUCAGAACAGAAAAUGGGGUUGCUCUGUGCUCUUCCAUUGAAAAGCUUAAAAACCUCCGAGCUUUGUCGAUAAAUUCAAUAGAAGAGGAUGAGAUAAUCAAUCUUGAUUGCCUAUCAUGCCCACCUCGAUUUCUUCAGCGGCUAUAUUUGACAGGAAAGUUAGAGAAGUUUCCCCAUUGGAUAUCUUCUCUCCCUAGCUUGGCCAAGGUGUCUUUGAAGUGGAGUCAAUUAAGAGAUGAUCCACUUCAAUCACUUCAAGAUCUGCCGAAUCUUGUACAACUUGAUUUUCUGCAGGUUUAUGAAGGAGAGACAUUACAUUUUAAGGCUGCAGGAUUUCAGAAGCUUAAAAUCUUAAGCCUUGAUAAAAUGGAUGGGCUAAAGACGGUAAUAGUAGAUAUGGGUGCCAUGCCUUUACUCGAAAAGCUAUUCCUCCAGCGCUGCAAAUUGUUGCACAGCCUGCCAUCAGGCAUUGAAUACCUUAGGAACCUGAAACUGCUGGAAUUUUGGGACAUGCCUGCUGAGUUAAUCAUGACAAUACGUCUGGAAAUUGAAGGGGGAGAUUAUUGGAAGGUAAAACAUGUGCCCGAAAUCAACUCUACCUAUUGGAGAGAUGGAGGUUGGGAUGUCUACUCAUUAUAUAGAUCAAUUGAUAGUGAGAUUCCAGCCCCAACUAGGAGCCUUGGACUUCCUUCGUAUUGGAAAUAGGAUUUUUGAUUCCUUAACUUGGGACAUUUUUCAUCAUGUUGUACUCUCAAAAUGUUCAUGAACACUAGGUGUAAAUCCACCUCAAUAAAAGCUCAAACUCAAAUCAAUUUGAGCUUGUCUGCUUUAUGUGCCUUGUAAGCAGAUACUAAAUAAUGAUUGCUACAA